GCAAGGGGCCCCCGGGGUCGCCCCCGCCCCGCGUUGAAGAGUUCUCCCCCUGCGAGCAAAAAGCUAGCUCGACAGGAAGACAAAGGGAGCACGCACACCGACGCCGCCCGGCCUUCUCCUCUCUCUGUUUCUACGUGGGGCGGCGGCGGCGGCUGGAGGCGAGAGGGGCUCCCCCUGUCCCGGUGCCCGUCAGGACAGGAGUUUGGCGUAGAAGGCCAGGCCCCCCACCCCUGUUAGCAGUGUGUGCCUGGGGCCGGUUGCCCCACCCGCUCAGCUCAGCAAACUUUGAAAUGACCCAGCUAGCUGCCCCCCCUGCGGGCCCGUCGCCUCGCCUCUCAGCCUGCGGUGUUUGGUCUGGGAGACCUCCCCUGUUGUUCGGCUCAGAUAGCCCCUGCUCAGCCCUGAUGCUCGCCAUCGCUCAAUAGGCCCUGCCCGGUGGGAGGAUCGGCUGGGGCGAGGAGAGGACCACGCCAGCUGCCUCCAGUCCCGAGUGGGAAAGGGGGGCUAUAAACCCAAGGACCGUCCUAAGCAGAGCCUGGCAACAGCAGCAGCUGGGUCAGGACAAAGGGGGCCCAUCUAGUCCAGCAUCCUUUUCUCACAGUGGCCAGCCCAGAUGCCUAAAUGGGAAGCCCACAAGCAGGACCUGAGCGCAAAGAGCACUCUUCCCUCCUGUGGUUUCCGGCAACUGGUAUGCAGAAGCUUAUUGCCUCUGACUAUGGAGGCAGAGCAUACCCAUCAUGGCUAGCAGCCAUUGACAGCCUUCUCCUCCAUGAAUUUGUCUAAUCCUCAUUUAAAGCCAUCCAGAUUGGUGGCCAUCACUGCCUCUUGAGGGAGCGAAUUCCAGCAUUUAACUAUGCGCUGUGUGAAGACGAUAUUUCUUUUGUUUGCCCUUAAUCUUCCAACAUUCAGCUUUAUUGGAUGUUACAAGAGAGGGAGAAAAACUUCUCUCUAUCCACUUCUUCCAUGCCAUGCAUAAUUUUAUACACUUCCAUCAUGUCACUCCUUACUUAUCUUGUCUCAAAACUUAAAAGCCCAAAUGUUGUAACCUUUCCUUAUAGGGGACUUGCUCUAUCCCCUUGAUCAUUUCAGUUGCCCUGUUCUGAACCUUUUCCAUCUAUCAUUUUUUGAGGUGAGGACCAUUGAUCACACUGUGAGCAUCCCUGUCUGUGAUGAUAUUUUGAGCUCACGCAUGGCUGUUCUGCAUGCUGCCCUUCCAUGUCGGUCAGGAUAGCACUUGGCAUCUCUCAGAGGAUGCAAAGAGUGGUUCAUUGCCUACGAAUUAGCGUGCCACUGAGCAGCCCUUCCCAGUGGACAAGAUGUCUCAGUGCCACGUGGGGAUCAACAGCGAAUGUUGCGACUGGGACUGGAACGCAGAUGCUGGCGAGCGGGCUAGGCUGCUGCAAAGCCCGAGCGUGGAGAUGGAACCCAAGAGCAAUGAGGAGCUGGGAGCUCCUCGAAGAGCUACCUCGAAGCUGGGAGCAGUCUUCAUUGUCGUGAACGCUGCCCUUGGGGCCGGCCUGCUGAACUUCCCAGCGGCCUUCAGCAUGGCAGGCGGAGUGGCUGCAGGAAUCACUCUUCAGAUGUGCCUGCUGGUUUUCAUUACUGGUGGCCUUGUCAUCCUGGCCUACUGCUCCCAGGCCAGCAAUGAGCGCACGUACCAGGAGGUGGUGUGGGCCGUGUGUGGCAAAGUCGCAGGGGUGUUGUGUGAGGUGGCCAUUGCUGUCUACACGUUUGGCACCUGCAUUGCCUUCCUCAUCAUCAUCGGGGAUCAACAGGACAAGAUAAUUGCAGCAUUAAUGAAGGACUCAACGGGGGCAGAGAGCAGCCACUGGUACACGGACCGCAAAUUCACCAUCAGCCUCACGGCCUUCUUGUUCAUCCUUCCCCUCUCAGUUCCGAAGGAGAUUGGCUUCCAGAAAUAUGCCAGCUGCUUGAGCGUGGUGGGGACCUGGUAUGUCACAGCUAUCAUCGUUAUCAAAUAUAUAUGGCCUGAUAAGAACACCCCAGAGGAGAUCCCAACCAGCCCGUCCUCUUGGAUGUCCGUGUUCAAUGCCAUGCCCACCAUAUGCUUCGGCUUCCAGUGCCAUGUCAGUAGUGUGCCCAUCUUCCACAGCAUGAAACACCCAGAGGUGAAGCCCUGGGGAGCCGUAGUGACAGCAGCGAUGGUGAUUGCUCUCUUUGUCUACAUGGGCACAGGGGUCUGUGGCUUCCUUACCUUUGGGCCCAGUGUGGAACAGGAUGUGCUCAUGUCCUACCCCUCCAAUGACAUUCCAGUUGCCAUAGCCCGGGUUUUCAUCAUCAUCUGCGUCCUGACCUCCUACCCGAUCCUGCAUUUCUGUGGCCGGGCUGUGCUGGAAGGUCUCUGGCUGCGCUACAAAGGGGAGGCGGUAGAAGAAGACGUGGUGCGGGAGAGACGCCGUCGCCUCUUCCAGACGGUCAGCUGGUUCUUGCUCACUCUCCUCCUGGCCUUGUUCAUCCCUGAUAUUGGCAAAGUCAUCUCUCUGAUUGGGGGGCUCGCUGCCUGCUUCAUCUUUGUUUUCCCAGGGCUCUGCCUCAUCCACACCAAGCUCUCUGAAAUUCAAGAAGCCAGACCAACUAGCUGUUGGGCAAUGGUCAGCUAUGGCACCUUCAUGGUUGGCCUUGGUGCAUUUAUCUUUGGACAGACAACUACCAAUGCUGUCUUCAUGGAUCUCAAGAAGUGAUCCCUUUGACUUGGUCCUUGGAGGGUCUUUUCUGUUGGGAACUGGAGUCCAGCAAAACUGGAGGACCCAAGAUUGGGGAAGGCUGGCCAAAGCAUUUGGUGCUUAAAAUCAUAUUGUGGAAAUUAACACUAUUUGUUUUUAUCUUG